GCGCGUCUGCUGCUGAGGUUAUUCGCGAAGUGGCUGCAAACAGCGCCACCUUUGAGCAGCGGACGAAAUUCUCGAAGCAGAAGUACAUAAAGCAGUACACUGUGCUGGAGGCCUCGCUGACGGAGCUCUGCCACUUUUACUUCGACACAAACCCCAGCAAGAUCAUCGGGCUGCGCCACGACUACCUGAGCUGCAUGCUGCACCGCUUGUGUCUGGCCCCGGGGCAGCAGCUGCUGGCCCUCGACCACGCCCUGGGCCUCCCCACAGCGGGGGCCCUCUUGAGAGUCGGAAAUCAAGGAAAAGUCUUUAGGCUGCUAGAAGCAGGAGCAGCAGCAGAUAAGGCCCUCAGAGAAGCUGACCUUCCUCCUGCUCUUUUGUCUUGUCUUGUGGACGUCAACAUUCACCACUUAAUGGAGGUCUUUCAGGAACGACAAGAGGGUACAGCGAACGCAACUGCCCCUAAGGGGCCCCCUGAGGGCCCCCCGGAGGGGCCCCCUGGGGGGCCCCGUGAGGGGCCCCCCGGAGGGCCCCCCAAGGAGGCAAAGCCCUCUGAGGGGGCCCCCGAGGGGCUUCCCAAAGAGGAGGGGCCCCUGGGGCCCCCUGGGGGGCCCCCCAAUGAAGCGGGUCCCCCUAGGGGGGCCCCCGAUUCGGGGGGGCCCCCUGAGGGGGCCCCCAAGGCGGCGAGGCCCCCUGAGGGGCCCCCCGGGGGGCCCCCCAGGGGCCCCCCUGAGAGCCCGCAAGAGAAGUCGGAAAGGAUGCAGCAGCAGCAGCAGCAGCGGCUGCGGGCGGAAGCAGCAAAGGUCUUCGAAGCAAUUAAGGCUGGGGGGGGUUUAGAUGGAUUUGUUGCUGCUGUGUCUCCUUACAAAGUAAAAAGACAAAAAAAUGAAACUUCUUUUUCUCCAAAUGAACUCCUCAACAAACUUCUCUUCAAUGCCAUUCUCCUCGCCCACAACUUCCUCAAACCAGGCGGGCGCGUGGUGCUGUUUACGCAGGCGUUUGAGCUGGCAGCAAAUGUGCAUUCUGCUUUUUGUGCUUCUCGAGAAUUCGUGCAUGCAAAUUUGGAAGAACUUUUGCUGCGGGAGAUGCAGGCGAGUCUUUUUUAA